AAAAUGCCAACAAGGGAGAGAGAAAGAAAAUGUGUGGGGACACAAAGUCCAACCGAAAAUUGAGUGAUAAAAGUAAAACCCACCUGGUCAGUCACCCCUAUCUGAAGCCCAAAACCCUAACUUCCUCCUCAACGGUUCUGCCGCAGUGCCGCCGCCUUCCGUGGCUUUCUCCUUCCCCCUUUCCGAACCCAAGCCCUCUCUUGUUGGCUGUAGCUCGGCAGGUCGUCCCCAGCGUCCCUGACUUCUCUGUUCGAAGCUUGGAGCAGCUCGCCGUCGUGUCGCCACUCGCCGUCCGUCUCUCCGUCGAAGGUUAGUGGCACUGCUUUCAUGGUACUUGCUUGCAACCAACUCCUAUAUAUGUAUUGUGCAAUAGGCAUUCUCUUUGGUACAUUGUUUUAUUUGUGAUAUAUAUAUGCUUUGGAUUUGUUUUUUAGGCGGAUUCCUAUACAUCCAAAAGGGAAUAAAGUAAACUGCUUGUCAAUCUAUUUGUCUUUUGGUGAUAAUGCUAAUUUUCCUGCUGGUUGGAGCAAAAUUUGUGAAUCGAUUAAUGGAAAGGAAAUCAUUAUUCAAAUUUUGGGCUGCUACUCAUUGAUUUUGUGCUGCUGCUGUGUUUUUAAUUUCUGAAAGUUUUGUUGAAAUCUGGUUGCUGCUAAACAUGGAAAUCUAAUAAUUAAUGAAAAUUUUGUGCUUCUGCUCACUGAUUUUGUACUGUUGCUGUUUUUUCAAUUUCUAAAAUUUCUGUUGAAAUUUUCUUGCUGUUGCAAAAAAUAGAAAUCAAAUCAUUAUUGAAAUUUUUUAUUUUUGUUUAUCUGUAUUGAUUUCAGGUUUAGUGUGGUUACUUUAUGCUAUGUUUAGUCUCUUGUUAAUGGUGUUUUUGAUUGGGUUUAUCCUUUGAGAGCUGCUGUUAGUGUGGUCUGCAACAAGGUCUUGCGGAUUUUGAUGAUUGAUAAAUCUUUAUGUUGGCAUUUAAUAUUUGAUUUUCCUUUUACUAUUUAACUUGAGUUUGUAUUUUGAUAAGAUCAUAUGGAUUUGGCUGAGGACAUUUUAUGUAGUGUUUUAAAUUUGGAAAAUAUUUUAAUAUUUAUAUUAGACUAUAAUUAUAUUUUAGGAUGUUUAUUUAUAAUUCAUUUAUUAUUUUACUCUAAAAUGGUUCUUUCGAUUGAACCACCGGUUAGACCGGUUGGACCAAUGAAUCAGUAACUAGAGCGGUUUGAUGAUUGGUCCGGUUUUCAGAACGUUGGAUUUUUGUGGUUGAUUGUUACUGUUUUAAUACUUGAUUAUUGCUGUUUUAAGGUAGGUUUAAUACUUGAUUGAUGCUGUUUUAAUGUAGGUCUAAUAUUUGAUUGUUAUUCUUAUUUAAUUGUUUUAAUGUAGGUUGCUAAUUGAAAUUUUCCUAUUAGGUAGUUUUACAUAUUGAUUGUUGUUAUGUAUUUUCUAUUAAUUUAGGUUUAACACUUUUUAAUUGAUUAUUUUAUAUUUUUUAUACACAUGGGACCUAUUCAACCAAUGAUUUAUCGGUUGAAUUAGUAAACUAGUGAACUAGUAACCUGAACGGUUCGAUCACCAGUUCGGUUUUGACAAUUCACCUGGUUGUAAAUUUCCCUUUUUAUACCCAUUUGCAACAUUUAACGCUAAUAAUUAUUUUCACUUGUUGUAUAUCCUUCUUUAUCAGAAUACAGUUCCUGUCAACUGUAGCUGCUUUACAUAAGCACAAAUAUUGUGAGUCAGUAUACUGCAAAAUUAUUUGGGAAGAUAUAGCUACUGAAUGCUGAGAUAGCCUUACUUAGAAACUAUUGCUUUUGCAUAAUUGUUGUAAUUUCAAAUCAGAGUUUGAAUUUUUAGGUUUAUCAAUCAUUGGAACCUGAAAAUGUCACUUCUUAUCCCCUCAUCCUCUGCAGUCCCUUUACAAUUUUCUCAAUGGAAGACUUGUAAUGUAAACUCCCAGCAUAAAAUUGCAUAUGUUUCCUUCACCCCUUUUUGGAAUAAACUGGUUUCAAAUAGUAAAACCAGACAUUUAUAUACAAACUGUAGAAUUGAACCAAAUGUGCUGCAUAAGUAUACUGCUAAAUGCAAGGGACUUGAUGAUUUUGAGUCAUUUAUUGAUGAGUCUAUGGAUUGGGAUGAUGAUGAUGAAGUUGAAUCUACUGGGUCACCAUGGGAAGGUGCUGUUAUAUAUAAGAGAAACGCAUCAAUUUCACAUGUGGAGUACUGCACUACCUUGGAGAGUUUAGGUCUAGGAAAUCUUUCCACAGAUUUAUCGAAAAAUAGGGCUUCUGUCAUGGGAUUGCGGGUCACAAAAGCCGUGAAGGACUAUCCUAAUGGAACUCCUGUUCAGAUCUCAAUAGAUGUGAUUAGGAAGAAGAAAAAAUUGAGGCUUGAUGGGAUCAUAAAAACUGUCAUUGGUCUUCUUUGCAGUAGGUGUGGCAUGCCAUCUGCUGAGUGUAUAUUCUCCGAGUUCUCUCUUUUACUCACUGAAGAACCCAUUGAAGAACCAGAGACUAUUGAUCUGGGUGUUAUUUAUGGGGAAGACAUAUAUACAGCCUUUGGAAACAGUGGUGAGGAUGUUGAUGAGGACAAUGAUGCCCUAAUCGAUUUGGACGAUAGGCUGCAUUUUCCCCUGGAAGACAAAGAAAUCGACAUUUCAAAGAACAUAAGAGACAUGGUGCAUCUUGAGAUUACCAUGAAUUCAGUUUGUGAUCCUGGGUGCAAAGGCAUUUGCAUGAAAUGUGGCCAAAACUUAAACACCGACGAUUGUAAUUGUAACCAGGAGGAAGUGAAAGAUAAAAAAGGCUUUGGCCCUCUUGGAAAUUUAAAAGAGCAGAUGCAGUUGUAACAUAUAUACAGGUUCGUUAGGCUGAACCAUGUAAUAAUAUUUUUCAAAUAGAUAUUAAUGUGCUAGUCGGUACAGUGGUACACAACGAUAAAAGAGUAAUGAAUUUAAUUCUUAUACAGGCCAAAAUUAAUUCUCACACAAUAUUCGACAUUA